AUGCUUGGACUUCUCUACAAACCACUAUUGUGUGGCUUGCUACUUACAACCUCGGCACUUGCAACACAAGACUGCAAAAUCUCUCCUAAUGACUCGACCUGGCCCUCCCCGGAGAAAUGGCAUGCACUCAACCAGACCAUCGAAGGAGUCCUCAUCAAGACUGCCCCCGCAGCCUCCUCAUGCUACCCCGGCAACCCAUUCGAAUCGACGGCCAACUGCACAGAGGUAAAAAACCACUGGUCAUGGGCCUCAUACCACUCAAGCUGGCCAGAGAGCAUCGACUAUCCGAUCUAUGCGAACAACUCAUGCGUCCCUCCCGGUACAAGUGGAUAUACAAAGGAUCGGGGUUGUGAGAUUGGCGGCCUGCCACAGUACGUAGUCAACGCCACGACCGAAAAUCAGAUUGCCGAUGCAAUGAAAUGGGCUUCGAAGAGAAAUAUUCGCAUUGUGAUCAAGGGAACUGGUCACGAUUUAAACGGUCGGGCUACCGGCGCCUUUUCCCUCUCCAUCUGGACACACAACUUCAAACAAACCCGGCACCAUGCAGCGUGGCCAGUCCCUGGUACCGAUGCCACGGCGGACGUACUGGUUCUUGGAAGCGGCAAUACUUGGGGCUCUGCGAACCUUGCAGCACACAAAGUGAACCGAGCUGUGGUGGGUGGUGAGGAUUCUACAGUUGGUAUCGGUGGGUUGAUCCAGAAUGGUGGCCACGGGUGGCUCUCGAGCCAUUACGGUCUUGCAUCAGAUCAAAUCUAUCAAGUUACUGUGAUAACCACUGACGGCCGUCGGCUCGUCGCUAACGCUGUUCAGAACCAGGACCUUUUUUGGGCUGUUCGUGGCGGCGGUGGGGGCCAAUUUGGAGUGGUUACCGAAUUCAUUCUCAAGACACAUCCCGUUCCAACAAAUAUGGUGACUGGCGGUCUAACCUUCUAUGCUGCUCAUCAGGAUAAGGCCAGCGAGAAAGCAUCGUGGACUGCGUUUGCCGAGACGGCUGCCCUUAUCCCUGAGAUUAUGGACUCCGGUCUCACUGGUACUGUGAUGGGAUUGACAAAGGAACAGGCCGUGGCUCUUGCUGGUCUGAAGCAGGCGGUUCCAGGUGUCGUAGGGUCGGUCAGUCUCACUGGCUACAACACAACCACUCAGGCAAUGGACAAGACAAUCAGGAACCUUGCAGCCCGCAUCAACAAGACUGUUCCCGGCAGCAGCCUAAACUUUAACAUUACCGCGCCAACAUCUGGAAACUUUUGGACUCCUUCCGGCACUAGUACCAACGCAGGCGGAGGCGGCAUAAUGUCCAGCCGUCUUCUGGGCCAACGAGAACUAUCAGAAAUUCCCCGAGAAGAUCUAAUAUCGUUCCUGCAGAGAAUGCUCGUCUCACAAGCAUCAACCGGCUCCAUGCUUCUUUUCGGCUUACAAGCCGGACUCGGACCAGCAAGCGUUCCAGAAGAUAUGCGAGGAAGUGCCCUCCCAGCCUGGCGCAAGGCUUACGCCCACGUCAUGACAUACGGAGCCUCUAUCAACGCAACGGGUGACCCGAGUGAAAGUCUGAGAGAAGGUGCAGAAUGGUAUGAGACGGUCAAAGAGCCUAUCUGGAGAGAAUGGGCCCCGGAGAGUGGUGCUUAUAUGAAUGAGGGUAACCCUUUCAGCUCGACUUGGAAGCAUGAUUUCUACGGCGAGAACUAUGAUCGAUUACUUGAGAUUAAGCGCAAGUACGAUCCCAGUGAAAGCUUGUUUAUCUGGAGUGGUCUUGGUAGUGAUAACUGGAACUAUGAUCUCAGGAGUGGGUUGUUGUGUCGAGUCAAUGGGACUUCAGCUUGA